ACAAAAGUGACAGAGUGAUGACAUUGAUCUCAGAUGACAGAUUAGAUAGACGUAGGGCCACUGCACUGCACAGCCGUCAGCGGACAAAGGUUCUUGUAUGAUAUAUUCAUAUAUUAUCCUGGGAUCAGAAUCCUCCGACACCUGAUACGUGACAAUGGCUGCUUUGAGGAAGCAAUACGUGGUGGCCCGACAUGUGUACUCUGAGGACAGCUUUGCUGGAGAUCAUGAGAAAAUCCACAGGGUGCGCAAGACCGGCCUGGACCAUGUCCGAGGGUAUCUGACCUGUGAUUCCAAACGGGCCAAGGCUGCCGUCCUGUCUCUCCUGCCCAUCGUGGGCUGGAUGAGGAGCUACAGAGUCAGAGAGUGGCUGCUAGGUGAUGUGGUGUCUGGGAUCAGCACUGGACUGGUGGCUAUCAUGCAGGGACUUGCCUUCUCUCUGCUGGCCUCGCUGCCUCCAAGCUACGGACUCUACACAGCUUUCUUCCCCAUGCUCACAUACUUUUUCCUUGGUACUUCAAGACACAUAUCUGUAGGCUCUUUUCCAGUCCUGAGCCUAAUGGUCGGCGCCGUGGUGACCCGUCUGGUCCCGGAGGACGGACCCCCAGCAAACAUCACUAGCUUUGAGGGUCUGACCCCGGACCAGCAGAGAGUCCUGGUGGCCUCAUCUGUCACCUUCCUCAUGGGGAUUUUCCAGCUCGCCAUGGGUGUUCUCCAGGUGGGCUUUAUUGUCGUGUACCUGUCGGACACGCUGGUGUCCGGCUUCACCACGGCAGCUGCUGUCCACAUCCUGGUGUCCCAGCUCAAGUUUGUGUUGGGGUUGGAUGUUCCAGGGAUCAACGGUCCACUCGCUAUCAUAUAUACCCUGGAGAAGAUCUUUGUUCAGAUCACCUUGACCAACAUCUGUGACCUGGUUAUGUCCAUAGUGAUCAUGGUGAUUGUGUUCAUUGUGAAGGAGCUGAAUGACAGAUACAAAGCCAAACUGCCAGUACCUGUCCCCAUAGAGGCGAUCAUGACUAUCAUAGCUUGUGGAGUGUCUUACGGCUUCAACUUUGAGAAGAGAUAUGACGUUGAUAUUGUUGGGAAAAUGGUUAGUGGGUACGAGUCUCCAAUUGCACCCAGUGUAGAAGUGUUCCGGGAGAGUGCUGUGGAGGCCUUCCCUGUUGCCAUAGUGGGGUUUGCUGUUGCUUUCUCUGUGGCCAAAGUCUACUCUAUCAAACAUGAUUACACCAUUGAUGGCAACCAGGAGCUCAUUGCUUUUGGGGUUAGCAACAUAUUCGGCGCAAGCUUCAGGUCCUUUGCAGCCAGCACAGCGCUCUCCAGAACAGCUGUGCAAGAAAGCUCAGGAGGCAAAACACAGAUUGCAGGGCUGAUCUCUGCCAUGAUGGCAAUGAUGGUAACCGUGGCGCUCGGGUUCCUGCUAGAGCCGCUUCCCACGUCUGUCUUGGGAGCCUUGGUGAUUGUCAACCUGAAGGGCAUGCUGAUGCAGUUCAGAGAAAUCCUGUACCUGUGGAGGAGGGACAAACCAGAAUGUGUGGUGUGGGUGGGAACGUGCCUGGGUGCCAUCCUGCUAGGCCUGGAUCUUGGUCUGGCUGUGGGCUUGGGGGUGGAGCUGCUCACUGUUGUCUUCAGGACUCAGUUUCCCCGUUGUUCUGUCUUGGCUAACAUCCCUGGGACGGACCUCUACAGGGAUCGCAAAGACCACCUGCAUAUAUUUGAACCAAAGGGAGUUAAAAUCUUCAGGAUACCCUCCCCAAUCUUCUUUGCCAAUAUAGAGUUCUUCAGGGAAAAGCUGGUAGAGGCUGUUGGAUUUAACCCCUUGAGAGUUUUGAGGAAGAGGAACAAGGCGCUCAGGACAAUCAAGAAACUGUUCCAGGAAAAGGAUAAUCACAUGACAGAGAGAGGCUUGGGGGAUUUAUUUUGCCAAGAAACUAACGAGCCUUCCGUGAACAAGGAGGAGUUGGAUCAGCCCAGUGACCUCAAGGGCCUUCCUUUCCGGAUGGACUGGAAUGCCGAGCUUCCCACCAACAUCAGAGUUCCCAGAGUGGACCUCCACAGCCUGAUCCUGGACUUCUCUGCUGUCUCCUUCCUGGACAUCUCCGCUCUGAAAGGACUCAGAAUGGCGCUCAAAGAGUUCAUCCGAAUGGAUGUGGAUGUUUACAUCGUAUCAUGUGACGUGCACAUCCUGGAGAAGCUACACAACUGUAUGUUCUUCGACGAGGAGAUUCUGACCUCCAUGUUCUUCCCGACCCUUCAUGACGCCAUGCUGCAUGUGCUUGGAACACACAAGGAGGACAAAAGUACCAGCUGGGCUUGGACAGAAACCAAAUUGUAGAAGAGCAGCUGUCUGCAGGAUCAAGCGGAGGAAUGUUCAUCAGCCGACUACAACGAAAUGCAGUUCACCAUUGUACCACUUCAACUCCGUCACUACUCACAACUGUAUAUCGCCACUAUGCAAUGUUCUGUGUAUUUAGUAAAGGUCUAUUAAAGUUUGUUUCAUUUUAUUA